UGAAUAUGCUAUAAUAGACAUUGUCUUCAUAUUCUUGUCAAAGUUGGCAACAAAACCCUUUCAUAAUUUCAUUCCUUCUUCAUCUACCAAUUAUUUGCAACAAGAAAACAAUAUCCACUGAUCUAUCUCUUGUAUUAGUUUGUGUGUAAUCCCACAAACUAUCAUGGAUGAUUUACAAUUCUCAUGGUACAACCUCAAUGAUCAUGAACAACAACAACAACAACAAACAACUUUUGAUUUUGAUUCAGAAACAAUGUUCUUGAACCCAAUCCACCAGUUAUCACCCGCGAAUUGGGCCAAUCAAGCCAUUGCAGCUGCUGAUAUGAUUUGCAACAACCCCUAUCUAGAGGUUGCCAAAUCCACCACCAACGCCGGUCAAAACUCGCCGGAAUGUAUACUUUCCGGGAAUAGCAGCGCGGAUGACGUGUCGGAUAAGGUUUCGGCCAUUUUUUCGGAUUGUAAGGGUUUAUGUAGUGGGAAUAUUGUGGCCGGAAAUAAUAAUGUUAGCGGUGUUUCCUCUGGUGAUUCGGUGACUGAAGACGGUGGGAAUGUCUCUCAAUGCUCGUCCGGGAAGCGCCCGAUUAGCUGCGUCGGGGGUUUGGAUAACGAGCCGCUUUAUAAACCGAAGAGAUCUAGAUCGUAUACAGGUCGACCAGCUUCAUCAAAUAUCAACUUCCAGCAAGCAGGGAACUCAUCCGAAACGGAUACAGAAGCGAUUGCGCAAAUGAAGGAGAUGAUAUACCGAGAAGCCGCUUUUCGGCCAGUGAGUUUCGCGGCUGAGACGGUCGUAGAAAAGCCGAAAAGAAAGAACGUGAGGAUAUCGAGUGACCCUCAAACUGUGGCGGCACGACAACGACGAGAAAGGAUCAGUGAAAGAAUUAGGGUUUUACAAAAACUAGUUCCUGGUGGAAACAAAAUGGACACAGCAUCAAUGCUUGAUGAAGCUGCUAAUUAUCUAAAGUUUUUAAGGUCACAAGUGAAGGCAUUGGAGCAUUUAGGGCAGAAUAGUACAACAAUCAAUGCAAGUGGUACAAGUUCAAGCAUCCCUCUUGCUUCAUUGGUUGUACCUUUUACACAAAACCGGUUUUCCAUGCAACCCUAUUUCCAAUUUCCUCAUGAAAACUUGUACCCUAAUCCACCACCAGCAUGAGCAAAUGUAGGUUGGUGAGAAUAGUACAACAAUAGAAGCAAGUGGUACAAGUUUGAAAUGCAUAGAAGAUAACCCUUAUGCUUCAAUGGUUGUACCUUUUACUCUUUGAACCAUUUUUCAUGCAUGAAAACUUGUAACUUAUUCUACUCUCAAUUAGAGGUUUAAAGUAAUAAAGAAACCCUAGCUAGUUUAGCUAA